UUUUCCCCUCUCUUUCGUUUUCCUCAUCCGAUCGAUCGAUCCGAGAAGCCUCCUUCGACCUUCCCCGCGAAGCAAACCAACCGCCCAGAUCCAAAGCCCCGCCCAAAAUUCUCCCCCCCAACGGCGGAAACCCUAAUCUGAUCUUCGCUCCAUGCCCUCCCGGAACCCUCGCCGCGGUUGACGUCUGGCGAUGAGGUCGCUCCGCCGGGUCCUCUUCCCGCUCGUCCUCCUUUCGGGGCUCGCCUUUCGUGGUGUCCACUUCAACGACGCCGCCGCCCCGACCCCCCUUCUCCUCCCGCUUUCCCCACCACCGGCGCUGCCGUCGCCGCCCCUCGCGCUCCCUGCUGACGAAGGGCGAGGGGAUGGUGCGGACUCCAGGGAGAUCAUCGCGGCGCCGCUGCCCGGGGAGCUCCUUGUCAGGCCGCCCCGCCGCCGCUCGGAGCCGACGAACGCGGUGACCGAUGCUGGCCCCCACAUCAGCUCCGAACUACAAUUCAACGACGAUGGCACAAUUCAACUUGUUGAUCGUCUAUCAAAAUCUUCUUUGUGGCAGUUCUCCACAGGACCGCCUCUUUCGAAGCAUGUCACUACAGCAAACUCAGAUUUGGGCUAUCUCAUAUAUCCUUUAGAUCAAGCUAAGCUUGUGGAAGUUCAUAAUGGCAGUGUUAUGGCACUUCCCUGGGAACUGGACGAGUUUAUUAGCAGAACUCCGUAUGUACGGGACUCUGUCGUUACUAUUGGAUCAAAAACUUCAACUAUUUUUGCAGUUGAUGCUGAUAGUGGGGAGAUCAUUUACAAGCAUAGCUUGCCAAUCGCUUUGAAUGAAUUAGGAGCAACCCCUGUUGAAGAAGCACCAUCCAAGCUGGAUGCUGGUAGAAGUGGUAGUCCUAAUGUCAUAGUGCUUGUUAGAACUGAUUAUUCUGUCAGUGCGUCUGACCUAGGCGUUCAUUUGUUUAACUGGACAAGAACUUCUUUCUCUGCAAACUAUUAUGUGAAACAGAGCCAUCCAGAUACGUUAGAACAAUCAUCCUGUCUGCGAGGAAAUAUUCCUUGCUUUAGGUCUGAUGGUGUACCACUUAAACUCACGUUACCUGAGUCUAGUACAGCCAAUGCACUUGUCUUGAGAGAUUUGAACAAAGUUACCACUAGGUAUGAUGCUGAUGCCUUGAGACCAGUUGCAACUAUGAUGAAGUCACUACAAGCUGCUAGCAAGUCUAAUGUUGUUCUGGACAGUACUCAGAAUCAAACUGUUGAUGAUGCUCCUGGUCGCCUUGUCUCUGCUGAUCCCCAAGCCAACAGGUUCAGUAACAAUACUCAUGGAUUGUUAUUCCCUGUUGUUUCCUUAUUGGUGGUCCUCGCUUGGCUAGUGAGCUUGGCCUAUUCAAGCAAGCCUUGCAGGCAAUUCGUGGGUCAGCUUUUUAAGCCAUUUGUCCAUGAAAAGAAAUCGACAGGCCUUGCAGGAAAGACAGAGAAAACUUCUAAGAGAAGAAAAACACGAAAGAAAGACGGAAUUGCCAAUGGCACUGAUAUCUGUUCAUCAUCUGACAAAGAGAACGGUGAAACUGGUGGGUCAAAUGAGACGGUAUAUAAUGAAACCUACCAAUUAACAGGUACCGCACUCCCUGAUGGUCUUGAUGGAUGCCAGAUUGGUAAGCUUCGUGUUCACAAAAAAGAAAUUGGUAAAGGGAGCAAUGGUACAGUUGUCUUUGAGGGUUCCUAUGAUGGUCGUGAAGUUGCAGUGAAACGUCUGCUACGUUCACACACUGAUAUAGCGCAAAAAGAGAUUCAGAAUCUUAUUGCAUCCGACCGGGAUCCUAAUAUCGUUAGACUGUAUGGCUGCGAUCAGGAUGAUAAUUUUGUUUAUAUCUCCCUUGAGAGAUGCCGCUGCAGCUUGGCUGAUCUUAUUCAACAGCAUAUAGAUCCAUCAUUUUCAGAUGUUGAGCGAAUAGAUGUUGAACUGUGGAGGCAGGAUGGGCUCCCUUCCGCACAACUCCUAAAGCUGAUGAGAGAUGUUGUUGCUGGCAUUGUGCAUUUGCAUAGUUUAGGAAUCAUACAUCGCGAUUUGAAGCCUCAGAACGUUUUGAUAAGUAAGGAAGGACCUCUCAGCGCAAAACUUUCAGAUAUGGGUAUCAGUAAGCGCUUGCAAGAGGAUAUGACUUCUCUUAGCCAUCAUGGUACUGGAUAUGGAAGCUCUGGUUGGCAAGCACCUGAACAGCUUCGUGGUGAUAGUCAGACUCGUGCAAUGGAUUUAUUUAGUUUGGGCUGCCUUAUUUUCUAUUGUAUCACCAAAGGCAAGCAUCCGUUUGGUGAGUACUAUGAGCGGGACAUGAACAUUAUAAACAAUCACUUUGAUCUCUUCGUGGUGGAUCACAUACCAGAAGCAGUACAUCUUAUUUCUCAAUUGUUACAGCCAAAACCAGAAAUGAGACCAACGGCAGUAUACGUGAUAAAUCAUCCUCUCUUCUGGUGCCCUGAGUUGCGGCUUCUGUUCCUACGGGAUACCAGUGACAGAAUUGAGAAAACCACUGAAACUGACCUCAUAAAUGCUUUGGAAAGCAUAGGGUAUGAAGCGUUUGGUGGAAAAUGGCGAGAAAAGUUGGAUGAUGGUCUGGUUGCCGACAUGGGUCGUUAUAGGAAAUAUAAUUUUGAGUCCACACGUGACCUUCUGAGGUUGAUUAGAAAUAAGUCAGGACAUUACAGGGAGCUGCCAGCUGAUCUCAAGGAAUUACUUGGGUCGCUGCCUGAGGGAUUUGAUCGCUAUUUCUCAAGCCGAUUUCCAAAGCUGCUGAUUGAAGUGUACAAGGUCAUGUCUGUGCACUGCAAGGAUGAGGAAGCUUUCAGGAAAUAUUUCAUUGGAAGCUCGGUAUAACCAACGAGGGGUGACCUAGCAAAAUAUUUGUACAUGUGAUCUGUAUCAUAUUAUCAUAGAAAGGAUAUCGUAAUCUGUACAUUGUAUACCCAGAAUCAGAAUUGUAUAUUGUUACCAUGUUACUACCAAACAAAUGUAUUAUACAUAAAAGAAUAAAUCGAUGGAUUUUCCCCUUA